AUGAUUGAGUUCGUGAAGAGAGAUCAAUUCCAUCAUCUGUUUUCAGAGUAUGCGCUAGAGCAUCUGGAUCACUUUGAUAAUCUUUGUGAUUCCUAUGGAGUCUUUGACUUUGAGAAGAAGAUGAUGCUAUUCAGCACAUCACUAGCUGGACCAGCACUAGAUUGGGCGCAGCAUGAGCCACUCUCUACAAUCGAGUCAUGGAUCGAUUUUAGAGAAGCCUUCUUGAAGAGAUUUGCAAGGCUACCACCUUUCAAGUCCAAGUACAAUCACUACUCUCAUCAGCUGGAGAGAGAGCGUGAAGAAGAAGAAUGGGGAGGCAUACCACCCCAUCUUGAAGAGCUAAUCAAGCAUGUGGAGAGAAACCCUUUCUACAAUUCUACUUCAGAGUGUGCAAAGGAGCAUCUAUGCAACUUUGAGCAGCUUUGCCACGACUAUGGAGUUGGAGAUAACCCCAAGAAGAUACAACUUUUCCAACUAUCUUUAGCUGGACAAGCCAAAGAAUGGGCUAAGUUCAACGCCCAACAUGCUUUCAAGACUUGGAAUGGAUACAAAGGAGCUUUCCUCUACAGAUUUGCUAAAGGUCCCAUUUAUGUUCCACCACCACGCCCCAGUAAUUUUUCGAUGGAUUUCCGACGGUUUUCAACAGCACAAAAACGGUCGCCAAAAGAGCGAAGACUGUCCAAAGCCGAUCUAUCGAGAAUCGACGCCCAAACCGCGCAGAACGGCCGGCCGAGGAACGCAUGUUCCGCUCUCGGCCAAAAUUGCGUCCGUCCGUCUGAAGUCUCGGCCAAAGUUCAAAACCGUUCGGCCGAUCAUGCAUCACGACCCGGGAAACUAAGACCCGCAGUCGGCCACGCCACGACCGUCCACGCCUCGCCGCGCACGACCAUGCCGCGCGAGCCGGGAAACAAAGCCUCGCGGCCGCGUAACCUAUCUCGCGUACCACGGCCGAUGGUUCCGGCUCGUCCCAAGUCCGGCCGAGAAACCAUCGACCAUUCCAUCAACCGUCCGACCACACCGGCCGACCGUUAA